GCGCAGAUGAACAGCAUAUGCAUUUUUUGACGACAACUCGCUUCUCCCGCGACACCCGCCCUGCUAAGCUGUCCUCCACUCAUUGCCAGUAAACAUUGCCACAACCAAAGCCACUCAUCAAUACAGAGGCUUGACCUCGACCGCACCUGGGGGAGCACGACUGGUCGGGAUGGCGUCGCUGGUAACUCAGCAUGGGGCGUACCUUGUACGCAAUACGCAGUACUCCCACGAUGUACUCCGUACAGCGCAAGGCCAGUGGUUACAGAGCAUACUCCGUACGGGGGGGUAGGCGUGCAAACCUGGUUAUCUUGGGAUAUCCUCUCGCGAGCGAGAAACGAUGUCGCCGUCGGAAUUGCCCCAUCUGCUUGGCCUGGUACCUGCUCCGUAUAGCCUGGACGUAGGAGGGACUCUGUACAGUACUUGUACUGUAGGUAUUUUUAUGUGCGGCUACGGCCUCCAGCUGCCUGCCAUGACUGAAGAUGCCCCCUCGCCCGUGACCCCUUCGUGACCUCCACCUCCGCGUCCUGCAAAAAGGUGGUUCUCGAUCGUGUGUCCAGCUUGCGGUGUUUUCGAGAGCAACGUACGUAGGAACUGUACCGAGUAUUUGGGCUGUAGUUUCUGUCCUUCACAGCUGUGCUUCGCCCUCGCCUCACGCUCUCCCCUUAAGCAGGAGCGGUGGCGUGAACACACCUGCUCUGCCCUGACCAAGAGAGAAGAGAGAUACCUCUCCUUGGAUGCCCUCAUCCCAACAACGUGCUGUGAGUGUUGAGGUAAUCACAACCACCAGUUUUCCAAUCCGACGCCGCUCCCGACCAGAACCCCAUCACAUCAACAACCAGCUGUCAUAAUCCAAACUAGCUCUCUAGCCUCUAGCUCUAGCUCUAGCUCUCCAGCUAGCUCUACUCGGCAGGCACAGGCCCAGACCCCCCCGAAGGCGCCUUCCCUCCAUUCCAAGCCUCGAGCGGCACUACGAAUAACUUUACCAUACUCCGUCUUCUACGGCAUACAGGCCAUUCCCGACGCACCGUAGACGGGACCAAGCAAAUCUAAAGCCGGGACAACACCACAAUGAUUCUUCGCCUUGCUCACCGCGCUGUAUUUUGAGGGCAUCAAGAGCUGCUUCUCGUUGCUACUUCUACUAGCUAGACUUCCUCUCCCAGGACCAACCUCGCCGGACCCUGAUCAGAUCAACCUCCUUGGCUGUCUCUGGGACCACUGGCACCAUUGGCACUUCCGUCUCGUCAUUUUCCAGAAGAGCUUCUUUCUUUUCUUCUGCUCCGGCAAUCUCAUCGGUCUUGGGCCUCACAGGGAGUCCCUAUAUGAUACUGAUUGGUAUGAUCUGCUAGAUCGGCAGCCUCCUUGCGGUCUUUCCAUAUUCAUAUCCGCGACGCCAUCUUCUCGAAACCUGCACCCACUCACCGCAUGAAAGGAAAAUCUGGCCGCCUCUGUUUGGAGAACCGGGACUUGGACCUCGACACGCCCGGGACAAGGACAUUCGAGUGUUGGAGGAAGUGGGAUAAUAGACACCCAGACCAGAGCACUCCCGAGGACCUUCUCUCUCUCUCUUUUGCUCUCUCUUGCGCUCUCUCCCACUCCCUCUCUCUUUUUCCCUCCAUCUUGCAGCCACACCGGUCCCCCACCCAGAUCUGAUCGACCGUGUUUCUUCCUCUUUCGGCGCCAUUAUUGCGACUUACUCCGGAUUCCUAGACACACCCACUCGCGGCGAUUUCAGCAGAUUUCAGCAGAUAUCAUAUUCUCGGAGGUUCUCGUGUAUCCUUCAAUUCCAACCUGGCUCGAUCUAGAAAACGAACCAGCUAGAAACGAAACGAGAAAACGUUGACGUUUACACAGAAGCCGAAGUUUGACAGUCCUGGGCACUUGGAGCUUGCGUUGCUCUAUUAUUGACACUUCCGUGCCGCUACGCUAAAACAACCAUUCGCUUGUGGUGACCUCUUUCAGUUCACUCCUCCAACCCCCAUCUAACCAUCAGCCGCUUUGCACGCGGCCACGGUCGUGGAGUAAGGUGAGGUGGAGAGUCUGCCCGGACUUGGCUCCAGCUUCUAGAGGACUCAAUCAAGGCGUGUCCUGCGCGUUUGCUCCACUACAGAAAAGAGAAAAAGAGCUGCACCGGGCUGGGCUGCACGGCACUUUGACCCCACUCCCUCCCUACACCCCUCUAAAUGUGAGUGCUCUUGCUAGCUCCCCUUAGCUUCUCUUAGCUCCUCUUGCACCCAAUUCUUCAACCACCCCCCCUUGCAUCCCUGCAUCAAGUCAUCUGUGCACAACAUCUCGCGCCAGAAGCACACCCACGCCUCGUCUCCAACUUCAACUUCGCAUGUGUACAUAUGCUUGCCUGUUUACACCACCUUUUCUACACCCCCAGUAUCUCGUUUGGAAAGUCACCGGCACUUGCAAGCAUGACCGUGACGACAUAACCUAGUCGACUAACAAGUUCUCUUCCAGUUCGCAUAUUCGGGUGGCUGCAUAACCUCUGGGACCCGGCCAACUCAAGUCGAACGUCAACAGCUUCAAGUCUUUGUCUUGUUCGGUAAGUACAGCUUUUCAAAUCCCACUCGGGCCUCCAUCGAUCCAGUUCCCUCUUUAUCAUUCUGGUAUUAUCGACCAGCUGGCUGACCCGUCCCACUCACUCAGCACCAAUACUUUCAAUACUUUAUUCUCCAGUUUCAUACUUCCGAGACUCGAUCCUUGCCCGUUCACGUCUUCUUGGUUCUAACUUAGUAUAUCCGGCAACGAGACGUCCAACAGAAGUCCAGCAACUGAAGCAUUCAAUCCCAACGCUCCUCUUUAACUUCCCAGCAACCAUCGUUAGUCCAAGCCAUUCAAACUUUAAUAAAACAUCCGACAGAGCAACUGGGCAUACAGUUCUGCACUUGCCUUUUACUUGAUCGAGGUCUAACGCAAAACGACUCCACCCGACACGAUUGUCUGGUCUCUCUCACCCUGGAAGUUGUGAGAUAGAAGCAUUCAAGAAGUUGUCUUUCCGUUGGAAGUCUACGACAGUCUCGCAUACUUAGGAUCUGCUUGGUGGUCAUCGCUCGUUAUUUCCCCUCCGGUCUAAUUGCAACCGCCAAACUGGCAUACUCAAAUUACGGUUCGCUUGGGGUAAGUUGCCUCUCGUCCCUAAAAUUGGUUGUUGCCUAUGGCUUCCCGCGCGUCCUUUACUGACUCACCUGCUGCAGCCUGAACAUUUCUCGUCCCAUACGCCCAUUAUUGUGGACGAGUCAUAUCCCUCGCCCGAGAGUGCAGCAUUUCACGAAGAAGGGUACGAGGGAGCCCUUGUGGCUAGGGUGCACUCCCCAAAGGAUCGUUUCCCUAUGUCUGCCUACGGGAAACCUCCUCAACUUCAUGGUAAGUGGGUUCUUGAUUCCAAUCGUCGGUCAGUGAUCCAAAGGUUACUGAUGUCCAAGGUAGGCUAUGAUGCGUCGCGAACUUAUCCUGAAGGUUCGUUUCCAUAUGCAGCGCCUUCCUACGGAUCUCAGCCUGGUCCAUCUCCAGCCUCAACGCCCGGAUUUCCCAACCCCGCCCAAGUGACACCAAUGACAUUUCCAUCUUCACAUAGUCGGGCACCUUAUGAUGAUCAAUCGGGGCCCUUCUUGAAUGUCGGCUCUACGCCAAAUCUCGAGGUAACUUCAUUCUCGCCCACGAGAGGUUCCGGGGAUACAAGAAUUUAUGUUUACAUCACUUCUCUUUACGAGCUGCUGACAAGCAAUACGCCGGUAUUCUUUCUGAACUUUGGUCAAUCCAAAUGUCAGGCAUCAAUCUCGAAGUCUAACCAGCAGGGUGGGGUUUGCCAGUACACACUUUCGGCCAAUGUGCCGGAUUUUGCGGAAACGAACUGGGAUGUCCCGCAGGUACCCAUUGAGAUGCUCAUGGAGAGUGGGGACGGAGAUGUGAUGGCCAAAACCAGCGUUGGCAGUUUUACCUAUAUCAGCUCCAUACAAAGUGCAAAUGAAGGACAUGACCUUUCCAGGAAAAGAAAGGUAUCUGCCGACUCCCCGAAUUUAAUGCAGAGCCCCGUGAAGAGGUCUGCAUCACAACUCUUGCGACCUAAAGAAGAGUAUGGAGGAGGCUAUGGCUACAGCCAAGCUGGUGAUGGAAGUUCGUCAUACUCGUCAUAUUUACCAACAAGUCAUUCCUACAGCAGUAUUGUCCCGCAAUACCAGCGAGCAAUACCCGGGUUUCAUUCGCAACCAUCAUCAAGACAUCUGGGAUAUGGUUAUUCAAAUUCCUCAAAUGCCUCCCCCCCAACUCACAAAGCCCCCUCGCCACAAGUCGGAACUUGGAAUAAUGGUCCUUACGGAUCUUCCAUGGGGAGAAGUCAUGGAGGGAUGAAUCGCUCAUCCUUGUCAGCGCUUCCGUCACCCGCUUCAUCGGCAAAUCCAGCCCUGAUUAGAACAUCAACACUGCAGAACACCCCCAGCCCUGGAACCACACCUCAUGGAUCACAUCCUGGUCAACCUUUUAACGCGUACACCAUUUACCCGAAUAAGGCGAAGCUUGAAAUCAACGGUGAACUCACUUCCAUGCGAGAUCUAUGGUCAGAAGAAGAAAAGAACGCAAAAAGAAGACUGGUAGUGUUCCGAAGGUCACAAUCAGGGAGCACAAUCACCACUACAUUUCAACCUGUGACCCCUGAAGAUCGAAACCCAUCCAGUAUUUGCAUUAGUUGUAUCUUCUGGGAAGAGAGAAAUGAAUAUUUUGUCACCAGCGUGGACACCAUCUACCUCCUGGAGCAGUUAAUCUCAGAACGUUUUACGGUUGAGGAGAAGAAUCGGAUCCGAAGGAAUCUAGAAGGAUUUCGUCCCCUGACGGUGUCCAAGGGAAAGGCCGAGAGUGAAAAGUUCUUCCAAGUCAUCAUGAAAUUCCCAACCCCCAAGCCUCGCAACAUCGAGAAAGACGUCAAAGUGUUUCACUGGAAAGAUCUAGCGUCGGCCCUCAAGAAGAUCGUCGGUAAAUAUGUGAGUACCUGAAUGUUUUACAGUUUGCCGUGGAAGUUUUGCUAAUUGAGAGUCAGUCUGCCAGUCCGGCUUCGAUCCUGACGCCUGCCAGUUCGAGCGGUUAUGCUCCUGAAGGAUCAUCUGCCGGCAUCUCUUACGUUGGAGAUCAUCAUGGGGCUCUCUCACCACGAUCGAUCUCAGGGUCGACAAGUUCAACGGGCUAUGCGGCAAACAUUCCCGCGCGAGUGCUCUCGCCUCUAAGCCAGAAGACGAUGUCCUUGACGGGUGGUCCUCCUGAUCUUCGCGUGGGCCUGCCCACCCACCCCCACGAGCCGUCUAAUCAUUGGCAAGGGGGCGCGCCGCAUCACAUGCAGAGUUCGCAGCAGCAGUACCCACAGUUGGGCCCACCGCAGAACAGUCGAGGUUCAUGGGAUAUGUCGCCGUAUCUCGAAAACAACGCCGCGAACACUACGGGCGGAGCUGGUGCUUCUGGCCCCCCUCACCAUCAAGCAUUGAGCCAACCGAUGAAUUACAAUCGCAACGUUGCGGAUACUGCGGUGACCGGGGGAGAGAGCCGGCUUCCACGAAGUCUCUCACAGCAGCAGCAGCAGCAGCAACACCAGAGUCACCAGAUGCCACUCUCGCGAUGAUGUUUGCAUGCCGUCGGCUGAUUGGGUGAGGAACCAUGAGGGGGCCACUGGGGGGGCUCGUUUGAGGGUGUCCUGCACGAAUCAUUGGUCAUGCGCCACACAAGCCACCCCGCGCUCCCAACCCUAGUUUUUCUCGUAUCCCCUCAUACGCGCAGCCCAUACUACACCACCAUCUGUGGAUAGCAUCAAGCCUGGUCGCUGCAAUACGCCCAACGCCAGAAGACGUUAUCAGACGUACAACCUCCAUCAAGCUUGGAUUGACUGGUCGUAUUUUCCUGCACCCUUCAGAUCAAUUGCCCCGUUUUGGAGAUACAUCCUCCAUACUCAUCUGGCUGGCCGUCUGGGCAGUGCAGUGGGCAGUGGGCACGCCAAUGCCAUCCAUGACGCCCUCGUCGGUCUACAUCACAACCUCCUCGACACCCUCUUCCACCAUCGUGAUCCCUGUCAACAUCUUAUUGCUUUCAGCCUACCAAUUCCCAUGUUCCCUUCAACAAGCACCUAUACCCUCGGCUUAAUCAAUUCUCCGUUCCUUGUUCCCUGUUUCCUUCCCGCAAUCAAUACCUGCCUGUUUUAGAUAUCCAUCUCUUGUUUUGUUUUGUCUUGUAUGUGGGUCGGGGGUUCCCGCAUAUGCAGAUGGGGUUUAGGAGUCUAUGGGGGUUCAGAUGAGCAUUUCAAGGAGUGUGGUGUGUGUGAUGGUGCAUAUUUCAUAAUGAAUUUUUGGGGAAUUUUCUUGAUUCGGACACUAUUUUUUUUAUUGCAUCACCGAUCGGUGGGAAAGAUGCCUUCUAUUUUUUUUUGCUAAAGCUAUAGUGAAGGGACUUUUACGAAAAAGUAUUUACCUUGAAUGCGACAAGUGUAAAGCAAAGCGUGUGUGUUUGGUAUCUCUUUUUUUUCUCCUUCGCUUGUUUUAUUGUUUUGCGGUCAGAAGGCAUGAGUCAAUUUGCAUGGUGAUUAAUCCGGGGCACUGAGUACCUCCACUUGGGGAUAAUGAGCACAUGAUGGGAAAAUCUUUUCUGAUGGGGGGAAUUGAGGGAUAGCAUGAG